AUGAUGUUGUGGUUUUGUUUGUUUCACAUUGUUAAGGAUGACUGUGAGCUGCUCGGUGUGGUGUCGAAGUUUGUGGUGAUGUUCCUGCGGUUUCAUUGGCAAAGCUCGUUUUAUUCCCUUCAGUUCCAUGGUGCAUCCUAUGGAAUUUCUGGACCAGCUGGUGCAACAGUUGUAUUGCUUGAUGAAGAUAGGAGUGUGCUGUAUUGUUUACACAAAGGGCUGGGAUAUCAAACCAACAAUGUUGUUGAGUAUCGCGUCUUAAUUUUAGGACUGAAACAAGUGCUAAAGAAAGGAUGUAAAAACUUCAAUGUCCAAGGAGACUCCCAGUCUAUGAAGCACAAACACUUCAAAUAG